UCUAACCAGAGUCUCCUCGUGCAGGCUGAACAGCACAUGUGGGAUGUUUAGUCUCAGCGCUGCCUUCCUCUGAAGAUUCUUAGCUUAGAUUGACUGUUUCAGGAAGUGAUUUUUCUCGCGGUUUUCAAAGUUGAGCCUCAACUACUAAUCAUUUCAUGCAGAAAACCACAUUUUAAAAAGAGCAUCUCUCUUCGGGCACUGAAACAUUUACCAGAGAUGCCCCGCUCCUUCUUGGUGAAGAGUAAGAAGGCGCACAGUUAUCACCAACCCCGAAGUUUUGAGGAUGACUACAACAAGCUGGACACGAUACUAGCGCACAUAUGCUCGGAGGGAGAUAAACUCCCAGAAGAAGACACGGAUAUGUCGGUGGACAGGUACAACCUGUCUCCGGACUCCCACCUGGGCGAGGCAGCAGAUUUCUCCCCCAAGUCUCCGCUGAGCUGUGCCGACAGCCUGUGCUCUCGCUCCCCGGACUAUGAGGACUUCUGGAGGCCUCCAUCUCCCUCCGCCUCGCCAGCUGAUUCGGAGAAAUCUCUUUCUCCCCUGGUGGACGAGACUCAGCCCUUCACCGUUCCAUUCCGGCCGUACGCCUGGAGCAGCAGCUAUCCCAGGCCGGAGCUGAGGCCGCUGGUGCAGCCAAGCCUCCAUACGGGAAUGGAGGUAGAAAGAGGCCCGGCUGCGAUGGGCUUCUACGGAGACAGAAGCACCCAUCCUGCCCUGUAUGCAGACCGAGCUCUGGGAGAGGAGACCUAUGGUAACUACAGGAGGCACGCUGCUGCUCUGCUGUUUCCUGAGGCAGGCAUGCACGGAAAAACCCACGACGUGAACGCGCAGUCUGAUCUGCUGUGCUCUAGCCUCAUCCUCAAUGGGGCUUACAAGUGCGUCAAGUGCAGUAAGGUGUUUUCCACUCCCCACGGUUUAGAAGUGCACGUCCGCAGAUCACACAGCGGCACCCGGCCAUUUGCGUGCGAAAUCUGCGGCAAAACUUUCGGACACGCAGUGAGCCUGGAACAACACAAGGCCGUGCACUCUCAGGAAAGAAGUUUCGACUGCAAAAUAUGCGGUAAAAGUUUCAAGCGGUCGUCAACUCUGUCGACUCACCUGCUUAUCCACUCCGACACGCGGCCGUACCCAUGCCAGUACUGCGGCAAAAGGUUCCAUCAGAAGUCGGACAUGAAGAAACACACCUUCAUCCACACAGGUGAAAAGCCACACAAAUGCCAGGUGUGCGGGAAGGCGUUCAGCCAGAGCUCCAACCUCAUUACGCACAGCAGGAAACACACCGGAUACAAACCUUUCGGCUGCGACCUCUGCGGCAAAGGUUUCCAGAGAAAGGUGGAUUUGAGGAGACACAAGGAGACGCAGCACGGGCUGAAAUGAACUGACGCGGCACCAUGGAGUCAAUCUAAUCUGACUUCAGAGCAAUCAUUUGCUCAUUCCUAGGAAGUCGUUUUUAGACAUCCGGCAUUUUCGACUUUUCCUCCUUCUGCCAUCCACCUUGAGGACAUUUUUCGGAUCAAGAUCGACUCUGACUCUCAUUUAGCUUGUUAAACGUGCAUUGAACCUAUAUUUAACAACGACAGAUGGUGUUUUUUAUUUAUUUUAUAAGGGAAAAAAACGUUUAACGGGCGACCUUUUGCAGUGCGAAGACGAGCAACACUAACGAGACCAGCCUGCUGCAGAAUGUUACGUGCUCACAAAACCAGAGAUAAGCUGUGGACUUUAAAAUACAUGACAUGUAAGCGCGAUAAUAAUAAUAAUAACAAUAAUAAUAAAAUUGUCUGUGUCUUAAGCCCAAAAUAUUAGCAGUCACACUUCAAUAACAGGAUUGGCAGAGCCAUAAAGAAACAGAUGCAAAUCUGCGCUUCUCCAAAAGAACAGACGUAGGAUUUUGUUGUCAGCUACAGCGAUGCUGGCAAAACAGUUCUUCCACUGUCUGAUUUAAUAAUCGCUUCCAUUACCAAGCUGGUAUCUUUGGUCUAUUUUGCACAUUUUCUUGUCAAAUUUAAACUUCUAUCGUUUACAAAUAAA